AACUCUUUGGUGCUUGUAGCUGUUGUGAUGUUCAGCUCUGCUUAACAUUAUGUGUUUUAAAAUGCAUUCACUGAUAUUUUCAUGCUAACACUGGAGACAACACUGUGAAUCUCAAGGGGAUUAUCUGCCAAAUUUUACUUAUUCAGAGGAUUUCAGGAUCAUUAAGCUCAUUACUCUUUUGUUUGGGUCAUACUGAUGAGGUACCCGUUUAAAAAUUAAUCAUUAAAGGUCCUUAUAGUACAUUUGUGUGUUUAAAAAUAUGUUAACCCUCUCAAAAUUAACAAUGGCUUUUAACAGAUGUGAAGAAACAAGUGCUAUAACUUUAUUUCCACAGCAUCUAUGAAAUGUGCGAGAUAUGAACUGAAGCUGAACGAGAGCCGCACGUGAUACCAAUCGGUACCACAAGAUGGUGCCGCAUUUGAAUGUAACCUUUAUUUUCCAGGCUAGUCAUUCAAGGGACACACAAGCAAAGCCUGAUGAGGAAAUAGAGAGAUUAGAAACAGCAACACAUAUCAGAAAAUAUAUGAACACAUCCACUGGUGAAAUGCUGCCCCCUGGUGCUGAAAGUUUUGUUAAAUUCCAUAAACAGAAAUGACUAAAACGUCAUGUGUCACAUUUUUGUGCUUGUAUUGACAUGAAACUCACAUACUGCAGUAUUUGUUAUCAUCAGUUCAGUCACACCAGCAAGAAGAUAAGAGACGGAAUGGAGAGUGUAUUAAUGCUGAUUUUCUUCCUAAUAUGCUUAUAAACCUAAAAAAUGUUUAGUUUUUUUGCUGAAACAAGUUACUCUAAUACUUGUUCUGAGUAUUAAUGCAUUAUUUUUACUAAUGUAAAAACUUGCCUAAUAAUAAUAAUAAUAACGUAUUUGCAUGUUUUUCCAACAUCCAGAGAGUUUUAGCCAGUGACAGGAUUGAUCAUGAAAUGGAUCAGGUUGAGUUGUUGGAGAUUUUCAGGUGAAAACAUUUUCACGCAGCAUGUCACUACUUUGGCUCCCAGAGGUUGACUGUGGUUCUCCACCUGCCGUCCCUCACUCACGUUUGCUGUGGAAUAAAAGCACAAGGAUGGGCACUGAGGUGGUUUAUCAGUGUAACUCUGGAUAUCAUAAUGUUGGAAAGGGAAAUGUCUCUAUCUGCACUGCAGCUGGACAGUGGGCGGGUCCAUCUGUGCUCUGCCGAGAGAUCUUGUGUGGAAAUCCUCCUGUAAUUGAAUUCACUGGGCAGGUGUGGAGUUAUAACUCCACCCCUGGCAGCACUGUGCUCUAUUUCUGUAAAGACGGCUUUUAUAACAAAGGAGGAAAUAAUGUAUCCACCUGUCAGGAAAAUGGUCAGUGGACAUCCCCAACUUUGUCAUGCCAAGAGAUAUUAUGUGGGGAUCCUCCAAAUCUGCCUCACACUGGACAAGUGUGGAAAGGUAGCUCCACCCCAGGAAACACUGUAAUUUACUACUGUAAAAAAGGAUUUUAUCACAGUGACGGAAACAAUGUUUCAGUGUGCACAAUUAAUGGUUACUGGACAAAACCAGAUAUCUCAUGCAAAGAAGUUGACUGUGGCAAGCCCCCACUCAUCCCUAAUUCAGUCAUGCACUGGGAUAAAAUUUCCACUGUGGGCUCAAAGGUUAUUUAUCAGUGUAAACCUGGAUAUCUCAAUGCUGGAACAGGGAAUGUAUCUGUUUGUAGUGCCAGUGGAAAAUGGGAUGGAGCACCUAUCGUUUGUCAAGAAAUCAACUGUUGGGAGCCUGUUUUAAAACCCAACGCUAAAAUGUUAUGGGAUGGCACAUCACGCAUUGGUAGUGUGGUUUAUUACCAGUGUACAGAGGGAUAUUACACCAGGAGCCUGAGAAACUACUCAGUAUGUGGAGAAAACGGACUAUGGGAGGAUAUUGAGCUGUGGUGUGAAGAAAUAAGCUGUGGUCCCCCAGUAGCCCUCCCCCACGCUAACCUCCUGUGGGGCCACAACAGCACACCGGGCAGCACUGUGCUGUAUGAGUGUAUGGAAGGAUUUUACCAGGAGAGUGGGAAUAAUAUGUCAACAUGUUCACUAUCAGGAGAGUGGGGGGAAGUAUCUAUAAAGUGCAAAGGUAGAGUAACGAUCUCUCUGUAUCUGUUCAGCAGUGGGAGCAUCAUUAUUUCUGAUUAUUAGCAUGCUGUUUAUGUGUUUGCAUGCUGCUUAUUAAUUUGUUUGUCCCUGCAUGCUCUGUGGGUCUGCGUCAUAUACAUGUAAAUAAUGUUGGAUCUUAAUAUUUUUCUUUAUUUCUAGGAUUUUUGUUUCCUUUAGGUGCAUGCUGAAAAAACAAUGAAUAGCACUAUUUCUGAGUCAUUAAACAAUUCACUCUUGC